AUGACUGUGACUACAAUGAUCGGUCUCAGUCGGGGAAAGCCCGUCUGUUCGGCGGAAUAUCUAGACUAUGACUAUGUGUCUACAGACCAGACUAUUACUGGAGGUGGCAAGCAGGGCAAACAGCAGGUGGGCCGGUGCAGUGAAAGGAGCUCCGGGGAGUGCAAGCGGCUCUGGUGGGGCGGAGGGCGAGGGGCGAGGGCCGAGGGGCGGCGGGGACCGUCUAGACAGGCCGCAGACGAGCGGAGGCUGCGCCGGGCCGCACCGACACACACACACGCACACACACACACCGACACCCUGACCUCUAGCACUCAAGGGUCCGAGCACCUAUGCAGGCGACCGCGGUACAUAUCGCAUCACCGCCCGCCCGCAAUUUCGCGUAAAAUUGGCAGCGCGCUGCGGGCGGGCGGCGAGGAGCGUCGCUCCCGAAAUAGUGUUCGGGCGCGGUCGUGCGGUGUCGGAGGCGGCGCCGCAGUCGCCGUGUGGCAGCGCGCGCGCUCCCGCGUCGCAUCCCGACCGUCACCCGAGCGGCUGAAGCGAGGCCCCGAGCGCACUGCACGGCCCCACGGUGCGCGUAUUUCGGUCGAGAGGAGGCCCCGGGCCGCGCUGGCCGCCGUGCUCUGGUGGUGGUGCGUGGCGCUGCUGCGGCUGGUCGUGCUCUGCGCGCCUCCCCCCGGCCCGUCCUCCGCGCGCGCCCCCGACGAUGCUCCCUCGCCGCUGGCCUGCGCGGCUUGCGCGCGUGCGCCCUCCAACGUUACCGACCCGACGACCACUCCGCCGACCCCGACGACGCCUCCGACCGCGACCGACGCGACCUCUCACACCGAUAGAAAAAUAAUGGCGAGAGCACUUCGUCUGAGGGCGACGGAUGUGGGUUAUCAGAGCGAAGGUUUCACAGACAGCCCUCACUCUCAAAACCCUCCAAGACCAGAGAGGGAUGAGGCAGGGACCUCCGCCUCCCCGAAAUUUGCGUCACGAUAA